CGAUGGCGCGGCGCGGAUGCUCGGCGAAGCCGGACCGGAGUGAGAUGCCUGCAGACAUGAGACGCCUGGUGGACAGCACUCACCUUGUGUCCCCCACAGAGUCAUUGAUCCUGUCGUGCGGAGGGAUGGACCGCACAUGCAAGGAGAAGAAACUGGAGGACAUUGUCGUGGUGAACAUGUCUAGAUGUUACCUGAUCAACUUGGGUGAUCUGACCCGCUGCCAGGCUCUGAUGAUCUGCAUUCUGCCCAGGAAUUACAUCACCAAAAUCGAUGCCCUCUCAUACUGUCCAAAUUUAAUCAAGUUGGAUCUCCAUGGCAACCACAUCACUGAGCUUCCAGGUGAGAGCUUUUGGUCAGACAUGAGGUGUCUGCAAGUUCUCUAUCUGCACAACAACAUCAUUGGUGAUGCGAAUGACAUUGAAGCCCUGUGUGCCUGCCCACGGCUUACCGUUCUGACCUUGUCCGACACCCCCGUGAGCCUCUUGCCAAACUAUCGACACUUCAUCGUCAACAACAUCUGGUCUCUCAAAGCUCUGGACAACUUUGUCAUUGCCGAUGAGGAAGUCAUGGAGGAUAAUCUGAACAGCUGCCAGUUCAGAGCUCUCAGUUGCCAGUUCUUUGUUUAUCCUCCAAAGCCCCCACAGACAUCGACCUGGUGCAAUGAGAUGGAGAAUAUCCGAAAACUGAUGGCCACUGUAAACACCAUCCUGGCCCAUCACUCUCCAGUGCACAUCAUCCAGCGAUGGAUCCGUGGCCACAUCACCAGGAAGAAGCUGAGCAGGUCCAGGCACGCCUCGAACCUGAGUAAGCAAUAUUCCCUGCACUGCCAGAAGCUGAACUUGUGUCACAGAGGCAUCCACAUGCUGGCGGACGGCAGGAUAUGGGUAGAGGACGACACCAAGGACGGUCGAUGCAAUGCUGUUCACUUACAGAUCGACCUCAACAAACUGCACGCCGGGUUGCUGGAGGAUCGAUAUGAAGCCAGUGAAAUAACGUCAGGGAUUGACCCGCACAUCUCCCAGUGGAGCACCUGGGACUCCCCCAACCUGAGACCUCAUCGCAAUACAUUCAAGCUGAGGAUGUACCGUCAGCCAAGGUUUCACCCUAGCACAGACUAUGUUCGGCUUAUGUGAGGGAUGUCGGCAGCACCAGCAGCAGGGUCCAACACGCUUGGCAAGAUGUGAACAGAGUUAUACAAUCAAACAGCACAAAAAAUAAAUCCUCUCAAACCAUUCCUUCAUUUUGAUGCAGUUUUUUUUUUGAAGCCUUGGCUUCCCCCGAUCACAGAGAUGAAUUUUAUUUAUUUAGAGAUACAGCAUGGAAUAGGUCCUUCAAGUCAUGCUGCUCAGCUCCCCAAUCAUGGAAAAAUUUACAAAGACCAAUUCACCUAUUAACUGGUAUGACUGUGGAAUGUGGAUGGAAACUGGAGUAGCCACAGAAAACACAAGCAUUCCAUGGGGGAGGACAAAGACUCCUCACAGAGGAAGCUGGAAUUGAACUCUGAACUCAGUCACCCUGAACUGUAACAGUGCUAACCGCUACAUCACACCUCCUUCCCACUCUGCCUUGUGUUGGCCCUGGAUUGCUUUAGACAAGCCCUACACCACAGGGAGCUGGCAACAAUGGGAAGGCUGGCCAAGCUGACCUCAGGCAAGUGAAAUAUCUAAACACAGCCAUUCCAUAUCAGCUUAUGGGUUAGUGAUACUAUGGAGCAGUGUUCCUUAAGGUUGUCAUAGCCAGGAGAGGGGACAUAAAUUCCCACUACCUAGGAAAUGUGGAAGUGAAGUAUGCGCAGUGAAGAUUACAACUGAGAAGGUGCUCAGGAAGCUUAAUUGUCUGAGGGUGGAUAAAUCUCCUGGACCUGAUGGAAAGCACACUCGGGUUCUGAAGGAUGUAGCUGGAGAGAUUGCGGAGGCAUUAACAAUGAUCUUUCAAGAAUUUAUGGAUUCUGGCAUUUUACCGGAUGACUGGAAAAUUGCAAAUGUUACUCCACUAUUUAAGAAGGGUGGGAGGCAGCAGAAAGGAAACUAUAGACCUGUUAGCCUGACAUCAGUGGUUGGGAAGUUGUUGGAAUUGAUUGUUAGGGAUGAGAUUACGGUGUACCUGGAGGCACAUGACAAGAUAGGCCAAAGCCAGCAUGGUUUCUUGAAAGGAAAAUCCUGCCUGACUAACCUACUGCAAUUUUUUUGAGGAAAUUACAAGCAGGGUAGACAAAGGAGAUGCAGUAGACAUGGUGUACUUGGAUCUUUAGAAGGCCUUUGACAAGAUGCUGCACAUGAGGCUGCUUAGCAAGAUAAGAGCCCAUGGAAUUACAGGGAAGUUACUAGCGUGGGGGGAGCAUCGGCAGAAAACAGAGAGUGGGAAUAAAGGGAUCCUAUUCUGGCUGGCUGCCGGUUACCAGUGGAGUUCCACAGGGGUCGGUGUUGGGACCGCUGCUUUUUACGAUGUAUGUCAAUGAUUUGGACUAUGUUAUUAAUGGAUUUGUAGCUAAAUUUGCCGAUGAUACAAAGAUAGGUGGAGGAGCGGGUAGUGUUGAGGAAACAGGGAGCCUGCAGAGAGACUUAGUUUAGGGGAAUGGGCAAAGAAGUGGCAAAUGAAAUAGAAUGUUGGAAAGUGUAUGGUCAUGCACUUUGGUGGAAGAAAUAAACGGGCAGACCAUUAUUUAGAUGGGGAGAGAAUUCAAAAUGCAGAGAUGCAAAGGGAAUUGGGAGUCCUUACGCAGGAUACCCUAAAGGUUAACCUCCAGGUUGAGUGGGUGGUGCAGAAGGUGAAUGCAAUGUUGGCAUUCAUUUCUAGAGGUAUAGAAUAUAUGAGUAGGGAUGUGAUGUUGAGGCUCUAUAAGGCACUCGUGAGACCACACUUGGAAUAUUGUGUGCAGUUUUGGGCUCCUUAUUUUAGGAAGGAUAUACUAACGUUGGAGAGGCUUCAAAGAAGAUUCACGAGAAUGAUUCCAGGAAUGAAAGGGUUACUGUAUGAGGAAUGUCUGGCAGCUCUUGGACUGUAUUCCCUGGAGUUCAGGAGAAUGAGGGGGGAUUUCAUAGAAACAUUCCGAAUGUUAAAAGGCCUGAACAGAUUAAAUAUGGCAAAGUUAUUUCCCAUGGGGGGGGGGUCUAGGACAAGAGGGCACAACUUCAGGAUUGAAGGAUGUCCAUUUAGAACAGAGAUGUGGAGAAAUUACUUUAGUCAGAGGGUGGUAAAUCUGUGGAAUUUGCUGCCAUGAAUGGCUGUGGAGGCCAAGUCAUUGGGUGCAUUUAAGGCAGAGAUAGAUAGGUUCCUGAUUAGCCCAGGCAUCAAAGGGUAUGGGGAGAAGGCAGGGGAGUGGGGAUGACUGGAAGAGUUGGAUCAGCCCAUGAUUGAAUGGCGGAGCAGACUCGAUGGGAUGAAUGGCCUACUUCUGCUCCUAUAUCUUAUGGUCUUAAAUGUUCCCAUGACAUAGAGCUCUGUUAGCCUCUGCGAGCCAAGUCCAGCUCCUGGCCUUCAUGUGAGGCUUAGCUACUAAGCUUGGUGGAAUCAUUUCUGCUGUCAGAAGAAGGGUCAAAGUCAGGUUACUGGCUCCACAAUACCAAUCACUUCAGGCAAAUAGGGCUCAUCAGCCAUGAUUGACAGCUCAUCUAGGAGAAAGAACACUCUGAUCUCAAACCUGUGCUGCAUUGUGGCCAAACCCACUCAUGGGGAAGACUUCAAAAGUAAACCCCCAAUGAAAAAUCCAGAGAUGAAGUCCCUAAGACAGUCCUACACUGAGUUCAACACUGACUGGCAACUCCUGUGUUGCCACUAGUGCCAAACUGUAUCAGUUUUUGCUGUUCUUUUGGAUUCAUAUGGACUCAGUUUCACUGACUCUUCAUUUCAUGUUCUUGUUAUUUAUUUCUUAUUUAUUAUUAUUUCUCCCUUUUUUUUGCAUUUGAAAAGUUUGUACAUUGAUUGCUUGUCCAUCUUGUUGGGUGUAGUCAUUCACUAACUCUAUUCUAUUUUAUGUAUUCAUUCAUUGAGAUAUAGCACAGAAUAGGCCCUUCCAGCCUUCAAACAACACCACCCAGCAACCCCUCCAAUUUAAUCCCAGCUUAAUCAUGGGACAAUUUACAAUGCUCAACUAACCUACCAACUGGUACCUCUGGACUGUGAGAGGAAACUCAAGCAUC